CCGGCACGGGAGGUGGCCGAAGUUGCGGUACUUGUGUGAGUCUCGCUCGGCGGCGGCAAAACCGGGGAGUUUCUCCUUCGUCGCCUCUGGUUGGGAGAGCUCCGGAGUGAAGCGAUAGCUUGCGUGCCUCUCGCUUUCGCCUCGCACCUGGGCUAUGGCUCGUCCGGCAUUGCUGGCGGUAGGAGCGUGAAGAUUUCUUCCUGGAGAUAUCUUUUCAUUUUCCUCUUAUAAUGCAUAAGAAGAAUUAUUUAACAUUAUAAUGAAUUUUAAGUGGAACUAUCAAGGAAAGAAGUGUUAUAAUAAAAUUUAUGUCUGACAAGCCGUAUAACUUCUCACAUAGAACAAUGACAACUUCUCAUAUGAAUGGACAUGUAACCGAAGAUUCAGACAGUGAAACAAAAAUUAUGGAUCUUGCACCUCUUGAAGAAUCUCAGAAACACAGGGAGAUGGCUGUGGAUUGCCCAAGUGAUCUAGACAACCGCAUGAUGCCAUUACGGCGGAGUGCUCAACUUGAACGGAUUCGACAGCAGCAAGAGGACCUAAGACGAAGACGGGAAGAAGAUGGGAAAAAACAAGAACUUGAUCUUAAUUCUUCUAUGAGACUGAAGAAGCUGGCACAAAUUCCUCCCAAAACUGGAAUAGACAAUCCUAUGUUUGACACAGGAGAAGGAGUAACUCUGGAGAGUCCGCAUUGUGCCGUGAAAGUCCUAGAGGUUGAUGAGCUGCUGUGUUCUCUUAAGCAUGUCCAACACACACUGAUAGAUCCACAAAGUCAGGAAGAAAUUGCUCUCAUUUUACAGCUUGUGCAAAAUACUGACUUUCAAAAUGCAUUUAAGAUACACAAUGCCGUUACUGUGCAUAUGAACAAAGCAAGUCCUCCAUAUCCUCUUAUCUCCAAUGCACAAGAACUUGCACAAGAGGUACAAAAUGUUUUGAGACCAAGCCAUCAGAAAGAUGGGCUGGAACUUAAUUCUUUAUUGAAUGCUCCUCAUGUUCAGGCACUACUAUUGGCUCAUGAUAAAAUUGCUGAACAAGAAAUGCAACCCGAAUCAGUGGCAGAUGAAAAGAUAUACGAAAAUGUUGGUGUGUAUGGAGGAGAAACAGUUAAAAUUGUUCGCAUUGAGAAAGCGAGAGAUAUUCCAUUGGGUGCUACAGUACGAAAUGAAAUGGAUUCAGUCAUCAUUAGUCGAAUAGUGAAAGGAGGUGCUGCAGAAAAGAGUGGGCUCUUACAUGAAGGUGAUGAAGUUUUGGAAAUCAAUGGAACUGAAAUUCGUGGAAAAGAUGUUAAUGAGGUUUUUGACUUGCUGGCAGACAUGCAUGGCACUCUGACAUUUGUACUGAUUCCAAGUCAGCAGAGCAAGCCCCCACCUACUAAGGAGACAGUGAUACAUGUGAAGGCUCACUUUGACUACGAUCCUUCUGAUGACCCUUAUGUCCCUUGCAGAGAGUUAGGGCUGUCUUUUCAAAAAGGAGACAUACUCCAUGUGAUCAGCCAGGAAGAUCCAAAUUGGUGGCAGGCUUAUCGAGAUGGAGAUGAAGAAAAUCAGCCUUUGGCAGGCCUCAUUCCAGGAAAAAGUUUUCAGCAGCAAAGAGAAGCGAUGAAGCAAACUAUAGAAGAGGACAAAGAGCCAGAAAAAUCAGGGAAGCUUUGGUGUGCAAAAAAGAACAAAAAGAAACGGAAGAAAGUUUUGUACAAUGCCAAUAAAAAUGAUGAUUAUGACAACGAGGAGAUUUUGACUUAUGAAGAAAUGUCACUUUAUCACCAGCCAGCAAAUAGGAAACGACCUAUUGUCCUGAUUGGUCCCCAGAACUGUGGUCAAAAUGAACUGUGGCAAAGAUUAAUGAAUAAUGAAGCUGACCGAUUUGCUUCUGCAGUUCCUCAUACAACACGAAAUAGGAGGGAUAAUGAAGUAGCCGGCAGGGAUUACCAUUUUGUAUCACGGCAAGUAUUUGAGACUGAUAUUACAGCAGGAAAGUUUAUUGAGCAUGGGGAAUUUGAGAAGAAUCUGUACGGUACCAGCAUAGACUCCGUCCGGCAGGUGAUCAAUUCUGGAAAGAUAUGUCUCUUAAAUCUUCAUACACAGUCAUUGAAGAGUUUACGCAAUUCAGAUUUGAAACCAUAUAUUAUCUUCAUUGCACCUCCAUCACAAGAACGGCUUCGUGCAUUGCUGGCCAAAGAAGGCAAAAAUCCAAAGCCAGAAGAACUAAGAGAAAUCAUAGAGAAAACCAGAGAGAUGGAGCAAAAUAAUGGCCAUUACUUCGAUACAGCAAUUGUGAAUUCUGAUAUUGAUAAAGCAUAUCAAGAAUUACUUCGUUUAAUUAACAAACUUGAUACAGAACCUCAGUGGGUUCCAUCCUCUUGGCUGCGAUGAAAAAAACCCCACGCCAAUGAAGAAAAGAUUUUUGCCAAUUGCAUACUUUUCAUCGUUAUUAAAUUGUUUAAUUCUCAAAUCCAACAAUGUUGCUCUGAUUGUAGAAUGUCUGGUUUCUCUACUUUUAAUUAGACACUGUGUGAACAAGCCACAUUUUAAUUAUUUAAAUAGGUUUUUCUAACAGCUUUUUGUCUAGAGUUUUGUUCUUCAAGCAAGUAUAUUUAUACAGUUCAUGAUCAUUACUAACACAGGUUACUUUACACUGGUAACUUAAUGAUCUAAUGAAAAUAUUGUAGCUCUCAACAAUACCUUUACAAAACAUUGGAUGGAUGAAAUAAUCAGGAAGAAAAAGGAAUUAAUCUGCACAUUUUCUUCUUAAUAGUAUAAAGGGGCCACUUAUAUGGAGUUGUCCUUAGGCUUGAAUUUUUUUAAAUUUUAAAUUUAAUUUUUUUAAUUAAACAUUCCUUUAUCCAAUAGCACUGCAUUUUUUAAAAUAUGUACAAUGUAAAUAAACAUUUUUUGUCUUUAGAUACUUUGUAAAUCAGAUUGAUAGCUUAUUAAAUAACAAGAUUCCACUGAAGAUGAAUUCUAUAUAUGAGUUAAUAUUUGAGAUGUGAUAUUUUUAUGGAUUUUUGCCCCUUUUAUCUAUAUCUCUUGAUUGGGAGCCGCUGGUAUCCCAAAGAACUGUGGAACAUUUUUGAAGGGAAGCUAUAUUUUUAUGACAAUAAUUCUUAUAUUAGUUUUUUUUACAAGGCUUUGCUUCCGUACAAUGUAUAAUGGUUUUCAUAAACAAACAAAUGAAAACUAGAGUUGGGAAUAGUGAAUAUUAGCAUAUAUCCUUGUAUUUUUAUACCUAGGCACAAGACAUCUCAUGGCUGUUGGAAUUAGUAUUAAGUAAUCAGGUUAUAGCCCUGGAACAGUAACAUAAUAUGGAUGCUAGGAACUUGUCUUAUUCUCUUUUCUAGAAACAUCAAAUCCCUACUGAAAAGAUCCAUUGAGUAAAUAUUGGAGGCUUCUCCAGUAGUAGCUCUUUUGGAAAUAGAUUAGUUUUGUUACUUUGUUGUUGAUGGCACCCUUGAAUGUGAAUAUUAAUAAAUGUUUUUUUCAAUCAUA